CACCAGGCUACGCAUUACAGAGAAGUAGAAUCAAGUUUCCCAACCGUGAUGGCUAAUGUUUCUGUAAUAACAGUGUUUGUUCUUUCAGGGUUAAAUGAAACAGUGAACCACAGAUCUAUCAUCUUCUUUCUCAGCUUGCUGUGUUACUGCACAAUACUUGUGGUGAAUGUUUCUCUGAUUAUGAUCAUCAUCUUGGAUAACAGCCUCCAUGAACCAAUGUAUAUUCUGCUGUGUGCUUUUUUCAUGAAUGGACUUUAUGGAACAACAGGUUUCUACCCCAAAUUUCUCUGGGAUCUGCUCUCUCCUGUUCACGUUAUCUCUUAUUCUGGAUGUCUUGUUCAGGCUCUGGUCAUGUACUCUUUUGCCUGCAGUGAUCUGUCCAUUCUUGCUCUCAUGGCCUAUGACAGGUAUCUGGCUAUAUGUCGACCACUUGAGUACCACUCUGUUAUGUCCAAGCACAGAGUCACUAAGUUAGCAUUUUUCUCUUGGUUAAUGCCUUUCUGCAUUGUAGCAACAAACAUCUAUCUAACAUCCAGGGUAAAGUUAUGCAGCUCAUAUAUUGGCAUGCUCUUUUGUGUGAACUGGAGCAUUGUUCAACUGGCAUGUUUUCCAGAAGAAACCACCAUUAAUGGCAUAAUUGCAAACAUUACAAUAAUCAUUUAUGUGCUUCAUGGUCUUUUCAUAGUUUGGUCCUACUUGUAUCUCAUCAAAACUUGCACCAGUUCUUUAGAAAACAGAGCUAAGUUCAUGCAGACAUGUGUACCACAUCUGAUCUCCUUAUUCACUUUUCUUUUCACUGUGCUCUUUGAUGGUAUGAUGAUGCGACUUUCUUCAAAAGAUUUCCCUCAAAUGCUUAUAAACUUCAUAGCGAUAGAAUUUCUCAUCAUACCUCCUAUUAUGAAUCCUCUCAUCUAUGGUUUUAAACUGACCAAAAUUCAAAACAAAAUUGUUGGUGUGGUCUAUUAUACUUAUAUACUUUAUGUACUUCACAAUUCACAGCCACUAUGA